AUGGCGGCGAACGGCCGAGUCCUGCCUGAAUUUGCAGCCCCCACCUGUGGGAUCAUCGCCCCCCGCCCCAUCGAGCCGCUCACCAUGGAGGAGGACCCCGGGGGACCCCAGUAUGAUCGCAGUGUCCAUGAGAGCGAUCGGAAUCCGCCCUGGGAAGGCAACGGAUCCGCGCGGUCGACCCUGCCUGAAUUGGCAGCCCCCACCUGUGGGAUCAUCGCUCCCCGCAUCGCGCCGCAGGAGCUGAGCAUGGAGAGCAGGGAGGAGAAAUGCCCGCGGCAGGAGCUGGUGGAAGAGGCCGUUUUGAGCGGCUCCACGGCGCAGGGAGGCAACGGGGAGGAAAAGGCGCGGAGAUGCCGCACGAGGAGGGGCUGCAAAGGCAGCUGGCGGGGAUGUGAGGGGGAAAGAGGCGGCCUGGGCCGGGAAGGCGGCCGGAGAUGGAGCCAGAGCUCGGAGCUGGUGCUCCGUGAGCAGCUCCGUGAUGGGGAGAAGCCCCACACGUGCGGGGAGUGUGGGAAGAGCUUCAGGUGGAACAGCGACCUGAUCGAACACCAGAGGAUCCACACUGGGGAGAAGCCCUACGAGUGUGGGGAGUGUGGGAAGAGCUUCAGCAGGAACUCCAACCUGAUCAGGCACCAGAAGACUCACACUGGGGAGAGGCCCUACAAGUGUUCCAAGUGUGGGAAGACGUUUCAGUGCAGUUCUGAUCUCCUCAAGCACUAUUGGAUUCACAGAGAGGAGAGGCCCUUCCAAUGCCCCGACUGUGGGAAAGGAUUCAAGCACAACUCCAGCCUCAUCAACCACCGGCGCAUCCACACAGGGGAGAGGCCCUACGAGUGUGAUAAAUGCAGGAAGAGGUGUCGGACCAGCUCUCAUCUCCUCGCCCACUAUCGGAUUCACACAGAGGAGAGGCCCUUCCGCUGCCCCGACUGUGGGAAGGGAUUCAAGUACAACUCCCACCUCGUCACCCACCGGCGCAUCCACACCGGGGAGAGGCCCUACGAGUGUCCCCAGUGUGGGAAGAGCUUCUCACAGAGCUCUAUCUUGACCCGACACCAACAGAGGCACUGGUAAGGGAAGCCCUGCGAGUGCCCCGAGUGCGGGCAGAGCUUCGUGCGCUGCUCCAGCUCCAUCCCCCACUGGAGGAGGCACUUUGGGCACAGCCCUGGUCACUCACAUUCCCUGUGAUCCAUGCUGGGAACACACCUGGCUGCUUCUCCAUUUAAUAUCACCCUAAUUUUUUUCUCUUCUCGAUCUCUUUGCAGUCCAAAAGCCAAGAGAGAUGAAUCUGUCACCUCAAAACGAC